CCGCAGUCUCGUUCUCGUUCUUUUGCUCUCUCGCCUUCACCCUCACCCUCGUUUCUUCCCCUAUUUAUGCCCAACAACACCUCCUCCUCAUCAUUCACGUUCACCUUUCCGCCUCCCGCUGCCAAUGGAGGUGCCAGUCACGUCGGAAGUGCUGGUCCCCAAGUAACUCCGGCCGCGGGCCCCAUCGACACGAUUCCUGCUCCUCCUCCAACCGUUCAGACCUUCACGGAACAGGUCGCGACCUUGAAGGGUCUGAACGCCGCUGCGAGGCGCAGUCUUCGCGACUUUCAAGAUGUUUUCUAUGCGCAGCCCGGCUACGAGAUGUUCGCGUUCAUGUAUGCCGAGCUACUUGCGACGCACCAAAGGGAUGCGGAUUAUGAACGGAUGAUACAAGCGCUGAAGGAGGAGGUGGCUGCGCUUCGGAAGCGUCUGGAGGAGAACGCUGCGCAAGAGCUCUCUGACAGACACCUGCACUCAAUACGUCUUGUCGCCAAACUCAUUCUUGCUACGCCUUACCGAAUCGGUUUCGACCACCGGGGCGAGGUCAUGAGCGAACUCAGGCGCAACUCCUCCCAGUACGGCCUUGAACAACACCUUAACAACAGGGCUGGUAUCGAUCUCGUCAACUCGUAUGCUCGGCGUGCAAGCACGUACAGUCGUAGCCUUGUGCGGGGUGUGUACAUGCUCGCGUUCUUUGGCAAGACCCUGCUCAGUCAUACGGAGACGUGCAUGGCCCUCAAGAGCAAGCUCGAGAUUGACGAAGUCAGCAUGCCAUUCGCACUAACGGUCCUUAUACAUCGUGACUUCAUGCGGGAGCAUCGCUCCAUUCUCGCUGCCCGCAUCCAGUCCAACGAGGAACUCGACGAAGAUUUCAGCGACGAGGAGUACGAGGAAGAUGGUGAACGACCUGCGAAGCGCCGGCGGUCAUCUCCCCGGCGGGAGAAUGGGCAGGAUUUCUUUGGUCUACUGACGAAGUUCAUCACGAAGCGUCGCAAGGAGCUGGGCAGGACCAUUGGGCGGACGCCGCAGUGGCACAGGUAUCUGCAACAGCUCUACGCGAAGGAGAAGUCCGAGUUCCCCGACGAUGAGCUUGCUCUGAUACCGACUGUCAAGCCACACGACCACCCCGAUCCGCCAGCUGACCCAUCUACCAAUGUCGCCGCCGCUCGUCAAGCCCUCCUGUCCAUGCAGCAUGCCACACAACACGGCUCUACUUCAGUGCCGACGAACUCGCAGCGCUCACAUGGCACUGGCGGUACAGCGACCCCAAGCAGCUUCAGCCCGCCGAUGCCGGACCAUGCCCAUGGCUCACCCUUGCCGGCCCUUCCUCGCGCGUCUGCUGGGUCGAUACCCAACCUCCUCAACUCGCCUCAACAACCAACUUCGUUCUUUGGUCAGCCAAUGUCAUACGGCCCAGCGACGCAGGGCAACUUCAACCUUCCUUCCAACAGCAACAGUGGUGCUGGUACACCUAUCCAGCACGGUACGUCGGGCUUCCAUUUCAACUGAGCUUUAGAUUUUGUCGAGCCUCGGUCGUGACUAGUCGUACUCUAUCCAGCCAUAAUAGUUCGCUUCUGUCUCAUAUUAUGCUGCCUAGUAGUUCGUUACACCGUCCUUUAAUGAAAUCUAGUAGUCCUUUGCUUUCUACAUC